AUGUCCACCCCUGUGGCCUACGAGGACUUCGCCAACGAAGAGGACGAAUGGCACAUCUUGUUGAACAGUCCGUCAAAUGUUCCAUACACGGACAUCCCGGCGUCUGUGAACGCUUUCCCCAUAUUGGCUAGAUGCGCUUCAAAAGCGAAGGCGGAGCUGUUGCUAGCAAUGGUUCAGCGAGCAUUCAAUGAACUGGGCACACCUGACCAGGAAAGCCUUGAUUUUAUCCACUGCAUCGAGAGCAAUGAAGCCUUGGCAAAAUGUACCGACAAGAUGUAUGCGGUCUACGGCAGAGGUAUCGGAUUCAUAACGUUUUCGUUCGCUCGCGAUAUCAAGCCAAUGUUUGUUGAAGGCAACCCGGCAAAGUAUCAUUGCAGGUUCAGACGAGUGGAAAAUCUGGGCCAGGCUGUGGUGUACCUACUCAUGAAGGGGAACAUGGAGCAGCUCCGUCGAAUGGGUUUCGAUUGGGUGAAGACCACAGCACACGAGAAAGAAGCGGCAGCGGUAGGAGACGGUCUCGUAGUCUCGCUCACGUCUCGCGCCACUCCAUCAAUCACCAAUGAUGCGUCCAUCAGCGUUACAGCUGUCGAGAGCGCCACGCGAGUUCCUUUGCCAGCGCCAGAGGUCCUGGCAGCUCUCCCGGCCAAGUCACCGUCGACCACGAGUAUUGAGUCGAUUAUACUGCCGUCCGGAAGGCGGAAGCCAAGAUGCCGGAAAUGUCAUCUCUACAUUGAGGGGCACACUGAAGGAAGGUGCUUGGAGGCCCUGGCUGAUCAGACUGCACUGGUGACCGACCAGUUCCAACGUCUCAACGUUGAGAGGUCGGCCAUUGAGACCAGAUCAGUUGCAGUGCCUGCCGUCACUCACUCGGCUGCGGCCUCCGGUUCAGCCCCUUCUCGUCCUUCUGCGCGUAGGAACUGA